CAUGCAAUUAUGAAAGCCAAGUUGCCUCUUCUACUGUUUCUCCCUCCUUUUCCCUUGGACACCAAAGCUAUUUCUUUGCCAAUUCCAAUCUUUUCCAUAUCAAAACGUGAUUACCAUUUUAAAUUCUUUUAAUAUUUUUCUCGCCUUUUUUCAUGAUCCCCACAAGGUUGAAUUCAGCCUUACGAGUUUAUUUCUCUCUUUCUUAUGGAAUUUAGGGCCCAAUUACCUAACCCUUUUGGAUCUUUUUCAUGUUUUCCCCUGUACUUGUUUCUGACCUUGCCCAUAUUUCUCAGUUUCUUUGGAAAACUUGGCCACCAGAGUGGGUAAGGGCACUUCAUGGGUCACCAAACAGAGUAACAGACCCUCUUUUCAUAAUGAUUGUUUAUGGAUUCUUGAACACCUCAUCUUAAUAUUCUUGAAUUUUCUCCUUUGAGUUUCCAAUUGUUUUUAUAUUUUCUGUUGGGUAUUGCUUAGUUAUGGAUUUAUAGUCCCACUUUUGCAAAACCAAAGCUUUAGGGACAAUGGCUAAGGCUUUAUUUUUGUUUAUUUUCAUAUGGGUACUUCUUAUUGCUUUUGUUUGCUGCCAAAGGCCUAAAUUUGUCAAUAUAGGUGCAGUUUUUACUUAUGAUUCGGUUAUUGGUAGAGCUGCAAAGCCAGCAAUAGAAGCUGCAGUGUAUGAUAUUAAUAGGGAUACAAGAAUUCUCAAUGGGACAGAGGUGAGGCUGUUCAUGAAAGAUGCACAGUGUAAUGUCUUCGUGGGUUCUGUUGGAGCUUUUCAGGUACUUGAGGAACAGGUGGUGGCAAUAAUUGGUCCACAGUCUUCUGGAAUAGCUCAUAUGAUUGCCGAAAUUGCAAACGGUCUACAAGUGCCCCAGGUUUCAUAUGCUGCUACUGAUCCGACUCUAUCUGCCCUUCAAUUCCCCUUUUUUGUGCGAACUACACAAAGUGACUCAUAUCAGAUGACUGCCAUGGCUGAUUUGAUUGGUUUUUAUGGUUGGAAAGAGAUCAUUGCGAUAUAUGUGGAUGAUGAUUCUGGGAGGAACGGGGUAGCUGCUUUGGAUGAUCAACUUGAAAAGCAAAUGGCAAAAAUAUAUAAAUUGAGGUUGUCUAUAAAUUUCGAUGAUACUGAGAUAAUGGAUUUGCUUAAGCAAUCCAAACUGCUUGGUCCUCGUGUUUAUGUUGUUCAUCUUAAUCCAGACCCCAGAUUGAGAUUCUUUAGUGUUGCCCAAAAACUUCAAAUGAUGAAUGACAAUUAUGUUUGGCUGGCUACAGAUUGGCUCUCAACUACAAUAGAUUCAUUCUCUCAGAUAAAUCAAACUUCACUCAGUGCUCUUCAAGGAGUAGUUGGGCUUCGUCAACAUAUUCCAGAGUCCAGCAAGAAGAAAGCUUUCCUGUCUCGAUGGAGAGUAACGCAGGAGAAAGGUUCAGCAAGUUCUGAGAUGAAUAGCUAUGGACUUCAGGCCUAUGAUACAGUUUGGACAGUUGCUUAUGCAAUUGAUAGGUUCAUUGAUGAAUUCAAGAAUAUUACCUUUUCUUCCAAUGACAAGCUAAAUGACAUGAAAACAUCUGACUUACAGCUCGGCAAACUCAAAAUUUUUAGUAAUGGAAGUAGUCUACUUAACAAAAUAUUGCAGAUGAACUUCACUGGUUUAAGUGGUCAUAUUCAAUUUAAUGAAGACCGGAACAUUGAAAGUGGUGGUUAUGAUGUCAUUAAUAUUGCGCAUAUGUCCAUCAACAUUGUUGGUUAUUGGUCUAACAUCUCAGGUUUCUCAAUUUUACCCCCCGAUACUCGCCAAGGGAAACAAACUAACUAUUCUCGUGUGGAUCAGAAGCUUCAAAAGAUUACUUGGCCUGGUGGAAAGACUGAAAGGCCACGUGGUUGGGUAAUUGCUGACAAUGAAAGACCAUUGGUAAUCGGAGUGCCAUAUAGAGCUAGUUUUGUUGAUUUUGUUACCGAAGUAAACAAGAGCCACAAAAUUGAAGGAUAUUGUAUAGACGUGUUCCUUGAAGCAAGAAAACUAGUCCCCUAUGAUGUACCUUACAGGUUUGAGCCUUUUGGGGAUGGUCGAUUCAAUCCCAAUUAUAAUGAGCUCACACAGAUGGUGGCAGAAGAUGUGUUUGAUGCAGCUGUUGGAGACAUUGCGAUUGUAACAAAUCGGACAAAAAUAGUGGAUUUUUCUCAGCCUUAUGCUGCUACUGGUCUUGUCAUUGUGGCUCCAGUCAGGAAUUCAAAAUCAAGUGCUUGGGUAUUUCUUAAACCAUUCACAGUGGAAAUGUGGUGUGUCACAGCAGCAUCUUUUGUGAUGAUUGCAGUGGUUAUUUGGAUUCUUGAACAUCGAGUCAAUGAUGAAUUUAGGGGUCCUCCUAGAAGGCAGAUUGUAACAAUGUUCAUGUUCAGCUUCUCAACACUAUUCAAGACAAAUCAGGAAACUACAGUAAGUCCACUUGGACGCAUGGUGAUGGUAGUAUGGCUUUUUAUAUUGAUGGUGAUAUCUGCAAGCUAUACAGCAAGUUUGACUUCUAUUCUUACUGUUCAGCAGCUUUCAUCACCCAUUACUGGUAUUGACAGCUUGAUUGCAAGUAAUUGGCCUAUUGGAUACCAAAGCGGGACAUUUUCCUAUGACUACCUAACUGAAAGUCUUUAUAUACCUCCUUCUAGACUUGUUCCUCUUCGGACCCCAGAGGAGUAUGAAAAAGCGUUGAGGCUAGGCCCGAAUAAUGGAGGGGUGGCGGCAAUAGUAGAUGAGCUUCCAUAUGUAGAGGUUUUCCUCACAAACCAAAGUGAUUUUGGGAUCAUUGGACAACCUUUUACCAAGGCUGGAUGGGGAUUUGCUUUUCGAAGAGAAUCUCCACUUGCUGUUGACAUGUCUACUGCAAUUCUAAAACUUUCUGAGACUGGUGAGCUUCAGAGGAUCCACAAGAGGUGGUUCUGUAAGAAGGGCUGUGCUGGAGACAAAAGAAGAAAUUCUGAGCCUAACCAGCUACAUUUGAUCAGUUUCUGGGGUCUAUAUCUUCUAUGUGGUGUCAUCACUAGUUUAGCCCUUCUACUAUUUCUACUAAGAGUUGUUCGCCAAUUUGUGCGCUAUAAACGCAGGCAAAUGCAAGUGGCUUCACCAUCAGUAAUUUCAUCAGCCACUCACUGCUCUCAAGUCAUUUUUCACUUUUUUGACUUCAUUGAUGAGAAAGAAGAAGCCAUCAAGAAGAUGUUCACUCCGUGUGAGAAUCCUACUUCCCAGAUGAGCUUGGGAAGAUCAUAAGACUCCUCCAAAGAAAUCAAAGGAUCUGCUACUGCUAAUGAUGUAAACUGAAGGAUUUGGCGUUGAAUAGAUUCCUGUUCUUGUGUGUAUACUCAUUGUAUCCAGCAAUUAUAGAGAACUCUGUAACGUAAUAUUUUCGUGAAAUUACAUUAAAUUUUCGUAAA